AUGGCAACUGUGGAGGAAGCUGAACUUUGCUAUCCACAACUGCUGAACUCAUCCUGCAGGAAGAUCAUGCGUCCUCAUUCGGUGUCCAUGCUCAUCUACAUCACCCUGUCCUCCAUCUCUGUGGUCACUGUGGUUCUGAACCUGCUGGUCAUCAUUUCACUCUGCCACUUCAAGAAGCUGCACACUCCCACCAACCUCCUCCUCCUCUCUCUGGCUGUCUCAGAUUUCUUUGUGGGCUUCCUCAUCAUCUUUCAGAUAAUGCUCAUCGACGGCUGCUGGUUCUUCAGUGACCUCAUGUGUGUGGUAUACUUUGUUUUGGACUAUAUAAUCACCUCGGCCUCAAUAGGAACCAUGGUGUUUAUAUCAGUGGAUCGAUAUGUGGCCAUUUGUGAUCCUCUUCUCUAUCCGAUCAAAGUCACUCAGAGCAGGGCAAAGUUUUGUGUUUUGCUGUGUUGGAUGAGUUGUGCCCUCUGUCACUGUUUAUUUCUAAAAGACAAUAUGCAAAAACCAGGCAGGUAUAACACCUGCUUCGGAGAGUGCGUGGUAAUUGUUAAUAAUGCUGCCGGACUUGCAGACGUUUCUUUGUCUUUUAUCGGCCCUGUGACAGUCAUUGUAGUUCUAUAUGUAAGAGUAUUUGUGGUGGCGGUGUCUCAGGCCCGUGCUAUGAGAGCUCAUGUCACUGCGGUCACGAUUCAGGGCUCAACCAAAGUAACGGCGAGGAAGUCUGAGCUGAAAGCAGCCAGGACUCUGGGUGUUGUUGUCAUCGUCUUUUUAUUGUGCAUCUGCCCUUAUUUCUGCGUUACACUUAAAGGUGACACAAUCAGUGCUUCAUCUGCUGCCUUCGUGAUGUGUCUCUUUUAUGUGAAUUCUUGUAUAAACCCAGUCAUCUAUGCCUUUUUCUACCCAUGGUUCAGGAAAUCUAUGAGACUCAUUGUUACUCUUCAGAUCCUGAAGUCUGAUUCUCGUGAUACCAACAUAAUGUAG